UUUGAAAACAAUCGAAUGUAGUCGCAGAGAAGUAUUUGUUUAUGCAAUUUGUCAGACGUGUUUUAGUAAGUAAACGGUGUGUGUAAUACAGCAACGCCAGUCUGAUUACGUGAGUUCGGUUUUGUAGCAUAAUUUUCAUAUUGAUUCACGUAUAAAAAUGUUGAAUAUACUGAAAGCGGAGAUAGAGAAAAAGCGUAAAUUACUGGAGGAGAAAGAGCUCCUGAAGCCGAACAAGAAGUACUUCAAGCGGGCAGAGCUGGUUGCCAAGGAGGCGGAGGAGUACCGCCGCAAGUGCGGCGUGGGCGGCAGCGAGGAGGCGGAGAGGCAGUCGGAGGGCGAGCGGCCGGGGGCGGACUCCCGAAGCGGCGACCUCACCGACGGCGGCGUGCCGACGCUGCCGCGCAAGGAGGUGGUGCGCAGACUGCGCGAACGCGGCGAGCCCGUCCUUCUCUUCGGGGAGACGGAGCUCGAGUCGUUCCGCAGGCUGCGGCGCAGCGAGAUCCUCGAACCGGAAGUCAACCGCGGGCUGCGUAACGACUUCCAGGAGGCACUCGAAAAGGUGGACCAAGCAUUUCUCGACGAGAUCCUCGCGUCGUCCCGCGGCACGGACGAGCACGGCAGCAGGGAGGGCGGAACCUCGUCGAAUGACGUGAAAGUGCAGGACGACGGCGUGAGCUACGAGGAGAUUCAGCGCAUGGCUGUGGAUCUCGGCAAGGGCGACCGCGAGCUCGACAUGCAGGUCAUCACGCACUUCAUCCAGUUCCUGCUAAAGAUGUGGGGCCACCAGCUGAACAGCCGGUCGCAGGCUGAGAAGAUGACUGUGCGGGGAAAGCUGGCCUGUGCCACAUACACCCAGACUCAGGUUUACCUGAAGCCCCUACUCCGUAAGCUGAAGACGCGCAGUGUGCCCGAGGACAUAGCGGAGAGUCUGACGGAGAUUACGAGGUACAUGCUCGACCGGGACUACAUCCGCGCCAGCGACUCCUACUUGCAGAUGGCCAUUGGAAAUGCACCUUGGCCCAUUGGUGUCACUAUGGUGGGUAUCCAUGCACGUACCGGGCGAGAGAAGAUCUUCUCGAAGAAUGUGGCGCACGUGAUGAACGACGAGACCCAGCGGAAGUAUCUGCAGGGGCUGAAGAGGCUGAUGACCAAGUGCCAGCAGUAUUUCCCCACUGACCCGUCCCGCUGCGUCGAGUACUCCAGGCUGGAGAACUCUGCGCCGUAGCAACAAGCAGUACGGGCUGUACGGUUAACAAUUCCACCUUCACCCGAGUUGCUGCACAUAUCCGAUACGACAUCAGUGUCUCGCCCGCAAUAGAGGAAGAACAGUAUGCCAGACAGGCAGGUAUAAAAGAAGUGAUGGCUGAACCACCAGUAAUUUGUAUGCUACCUUGUGGAACUCAUUUGAAUCAAAAUGUAUGUAAUCUAAAAAUAUGACAGUGCGUACCUCUGAGGAUAGUUAAAAAACGGCCAAUAACUUUCUAAACAUUUAUGAAUUUGUUAUGUGACAGUUGGUCCUGUCUUCGUGAGCCUUGUAACAGUUUUAUAACCGGAGCAUGCUCUGGGGCAAAUACUGCAGAAAACUGUCACGUUUAUUUGCAUGUUCUACAGUUUAAAUGAUUAACAGACUAGCCUUAAUUCAAAUUCAAACAAAAUGUUUUCAAAUCAAGAUACGUUGUAAUCUUUUGUUACUUAUGUCUAUAUGAUAAAGAGGAUUUGUAACAAAAAGGUAGAGUAACAAUAAGUCUUUAUUACAUUAAAAAAUAAAAAUUUGUCAAAAAUGACAAAUGGCAAACAAUUUCUUUGUUUUAUAGCCAUAUAUUAUAACAUAUGAGGUAUAUGGGCUCCCCAAUGUACAUAGAACUAUGUAAAUAAAUUACUGUAAUACAUUUGUUUAGAAUUUCAGUUGAUAAUUACCUGUAGGUAUAAUGGAUGCACUACAUUAAUAAGGGACUCUCAUGAGCCACCUGGAGUACUAUAAGAACUUGAGCAACCAUUUUAAUGUGGGGCUUUCCUGCAACUAGAACGCUAAAAUUGAAAGUGCAGUCUUACUGAAAUGUGUCAACAAUUCACAAGCCUGUAAUACUGCAGCAAGCCUUGUUAAAAAUAUGAUGUACUGAAAAUAUUAUUGGUGCAGAAAGCUUCAACUAAGGUGAUUACUUAUGUAGAUAUAUCACUAAAAAGAUAAACACACUGCACAGGUAAGUGCGCAGUACUUACAUAGAACAAGAAUAGAAAUACAACUGCACUUAGUGAGCGAGUGUCGAUUCUGAGCUAAAUGAGGUCAAUUUAACCAGCUUACGGGCUACAAUAUUAACUAGUAAUUAAUAAAAAAAAAAAUUUAAAAUUUCACUUACAGGCAACAGAUCUUUGUCACUGUCCGAAGCAGGUACUUUCCUUUGUACAAGCUAUUACUAAUUCUAUUAGCCUCAUAGCUGCGUGAUUAUUGCACAUAGCACUGAAUCAUUACAAAGUACUGAAGUUGCACAAAUAUUACUCCCAUUUUAGUGAUAACAUACUGUCAACAAAAAUGUAUAAAACAAUAAAGCUUUAUUAUAUAAGGUAUUUGCUACUGUUAUAUCACUGGAGUAUGCAGAUAUGAACUGUAAUACCUGCAGAUUUCUUCAGCUCCACGGCUGAGAUCAAUGCUGGUCAUUUACACUGACAUUUGUACUAAAGAGUUAUACUCAGGCGUUGAAAAAUCACAGCUUUGUAUAAAGGAUGAGAUCCAGUUUUCGUGACGAUAGUGAAGAUAUUAAAAACAGUUCGUAUCAGAAAACAGGCUCCACUAAAAACUAAUUAUACUUAAAACUGAGGUCACUGUUUUCUUUAUAUUUAGCUAAAUAGCAACAUUAAAUAGCAACAUGCUUACCAGUCAUAAUAAAGCAUAUAUGCUACAACAAUAAAAAUAGAUUCCUUUGGAAUAUCUAUAACCCACAAAACAGGCCUUGCAUACUGAAAUUGCUUAUAUUGCAAAUACAUUAUACAAAUAAAAUUGUGUAUUUCAUUAUCAAAUGACUCUCUCUAAUUAUGCUGUGUGAGCCAUAAAUGUCAAUAGUGCAAGACUGUCAUCUGGGCAAAUCACCCUGUAUGACUUAUCAACUGAAAUAAAUGAUCUCUACUAGUAGAAGUAUUUGAAUUUAUCCACGUGAUAAAUAUGUAUCUAUAAACAUACCUUCAAAAAUGAUUUUUAUAGCAUCUAGUCUUUUAUCCCCACAGUUACAACAAUCAAGUCUUUCAAUUCCAAAGUAAUACAAUAGCAUACUUAGAAAUCCUUUAUUGUGCAGUCCCAAAGUUUUUAUAGCAUGUUUUCUGUCAUACAGCCAAACACAUGAAAUUUGUGUUAGACACUGCUAAUUACUGUGCCACGAUUCUCCCCUAGCACUAAAGCCCCAUCUAACUACCCAGUGUGAUAUUUCUUUGAAAUAAAUGACCAGAAAUGGAACAGGCAAUAUUCUGAAAAAUGGAAUAUCAGUUAACUUAAUUUUGGUACACUUGACUUUUUGGAAUAAUUUGAAAGAUUAUUUGACGGAUAUGAUUCUUCCUAGUCUUUACCAUCUGCAGCUCUUGGCAUCACUGUUUGAGAACCCAAUCUGAGAAAAAAUAUCGCUUCUAGUUCUCCACUUUGAAGACUUAGAAAAGUUAUGAAACUGUUACUAUAAUCUGCACCUUCAAUCUCCGCUAUACGGUGAGUAGCAACUACUUGUUUCAUAAUGCUGUUACAUUCCAUCCUAGAUUUUCUGUUUUUUCAUUUACAAUAAUUUGUAGUUUCAAGUGACAGUUUCUUUUACUAAAGUAGCAGGUGUGUUGUGGUGAGGGGGGGGGGGGGGGGACCACUUAGUCACUGUUGCUAUAAGAGAAACCAUUGAUGACAGUAUAUCAAUAUUUAAACAUGUAUGGGCAAUAAAAAAUGAGAGACUUUAGUUUUCUCACGGCUGUGAAAAAAGAACCUUAUUGUUAAGCAAAUACAGACUUGAAGUAGAAAGCUUCAAAAACUCCCAAUGACUAGUUUUUUAAAAUUUUUAUGAAACUGUAGAAGCAGCCUGAUUUUGUGUAGUGAACACUUAGCUCUUUUGGAAAUAAUAUUAUUACCCGACAACAUAAACUGCAGUCCCAGACAGAGUGUUGUAUUUACAUCUGCGAAAGAGAGAUUGAGGCACAAAACAGGAAAAUGGGGAAGUCACUGGCAAGCAGAACAUAAUAGAGCUCUACACAGUUAAGUUGAUUACAAGUUGCAUCCCUCAGACCUUUGAAUGGACUUACAUGGUGUAACAUGUGGACCUACACUUUAAUGUGGAUUUCAAACCACAGUGCUACUUGGCAUUUUUCGUAUUAACAACUCACUGCAAGACGUCACAGACAUGCACUAUACCAGACCUUUUGAUUUGUAGCCUGAUACUUGGGGACCUCACAGGCUGCUCAGCCUCAUCCACUUGCUAGGUACUUGUAUGAUUUGAAGGUCAAUUUCCGGACAUCCGUUCCCUAAAGUAGCAAGGCACAAUCAUUGAAAGAAAAAGAAAAAGAGAAAAAAAAAAACACUUUGGAAAAUUGCUUUUGAAGAUUAGAUGAUUUCAGAGCACAAAACAUUUGUAACACACACACACACACACACACACACACACACACACACAGUGUCUCAAGGACUUUCAACUGUUGUCAACAAAAUUGUUGUGUUGGUAGACAAAUGCUUAGCACAAAAGUCUUGCAAAUGUCUAGUCCUCAGUUCAGAACUCACGAGUAGCAACAUUUGCUUUUACUUUUUUUUAAAAAAUCCAUACUAAUUUACAAAUAUAUAAUAAUAAUUUUUAGUAAAAACUAAUCUUUUUAUUUUCAGUUACUAACUGCAUGAAAAUAAAUUAAAAAUCAACAGACACGUGAAAUGCCUUAUUGUUAAAUGAGAAAAAAAAUUAUCCAUCAAUAAUAUUGUUCUAUUUGUAGGCAUUAAAAAGAAUAUUAUUUUCUACACGACUUUCGAGCUUUUGCGAUAAUUUUUAAUUUAUUGUGAAUACUGCUAUUUUUGUGUUGACAGUAAUUAAAAACAGAAAUAUGUUCUUUUAUUUUUUUUAAAUACACAAUUCAAUAUCUGUCACCCAACAUUUGCAAUUGGCAGUUUAGUAUCCCUACCGACAGACAUCGCGAUGGAGACAGACGAGCUGGCCCGGGUAGUGCAGCGAGGGCAACACCGACACACGGCACAGACGAUCUGCUGACAGGUGUUUAUCUGUGGGCAGCAGGAAGCCCAGGUACCGUGGACCUCGCCUCGUGCACCAUGCCGAGUGUCAUCGCAGAGAGAUCAGUCGACAGCCCGCCGAAUGCAGAGUUAUCCCCAAGCUCAUCUCCAUAAGGUUUCGCACUGCCCGCUUCCUGCAGAUCUACUCUCGCUCGAUGAGUUUUGUUUCCCCUCACUACUAGCGAGUUUUGAGUAGGUGACACGGUGUUCACAAGACUUAUGUUAUGCAGUCACCUACCGACAAUUGUGCCGAUAAGCCACAAAUUUUAUUUACUUUGUAGUGCUCUCGUAUCAGCUAACCUUAAAAAGAUUUUUUGAGUUUUUUAAAAGAAUUGUAUAUUUCUGCUUCAAGAAACCAAUGUCUGGGCAUUGACUUAGGCUACAAGUACGAAUAAAAUCGAAGGGCACCUGCCUGCAGGGUACUCUUGUGAACCACACUAGAAGCUAGGUACACUUCUGUCCCGUCUCAAAUGGAGCACGACGAUUCGAGAAAAUCGUCCGAGAGGAUGCUGCAACUAUUGUCAGGAAUCGCAAAUGUGUGUGUGCUUCACAUACGUUUGUUUCUCAGAUACUACGAACAGUAACCGCAGAUGGCACCUUAUCGUCAAGACUGGUGGCAAUGUUUCGAGUAAGAUUUCAAUGUUUCUUAAUCACAAUAUGCCUAGUGUUUCCUUUUGUGUUAAGUCAAUACAAUUAUUUAAAAAAUGCCUUAUGUCCUGGCUGUCAUAGCAGGCGAAUAGUGGGGACUGUUUACUGGACAACACAUUGUCAGAAAGUGACUCUUUGCUCCCUGGUAUGUAUAAUCUAAUAUUAUUGCAUUUUAAAUUUGGUGGUUUCAUUCAAGUAAACUUAAUAACAAGAAGCUGUCAUACUAGCCCACAAACAUUUUCCCGUUAUUCCUUUGUACAAACAAAUUACAAAAUAACUGAGGACACUGUUUGAACACGACUGAACCGUGUCGUGUGGCACAGCCGACUCCUCUCAAUAGGCAGCACUACACUCUUCUUUAUCAUUUAACAAUGACUGACAUUCAGAAUGGGUGGGAAAAAUCACUGCUAUCUUCUGUACAGUUGGAAGGAGCACAGCCAUCGAGUGCACACUGCUGUGGACUUCACUGGUUACAUUUCUGUAUAUCUUCCAAACCAGUGCAGGGAAUUCGGUGUUACUGUGGUGCAAACAUUCUUCACAAACAAUCCACUGACAUUAGGAUGUUUGGCAGUUAUCAGUGCAGUGGGUGGCAACUGAAUACAGUACAGAACACUAUCAUUAUGUGUAAUCUCUCCCAUCCCCCAUCCUCACUCUUUGUCAUACUGCAGUUUGCUAUCAUACACUUAAUAAAUGAUACGAGAACGUGUGUACGUCGGGAAAAUGCAUUCAUUACUACUGGAAAUGCAAAUGUGAGGUAGUUACGUGCGACUGCUGUAAAAGACAAAAUGCACAAGCCAGUCUGACUUACGACAUCUUCGUGUGCUAAUGUAUAUUUUAUGAAAGUAAAAUUCAACUGAGGAAACAAAUUAUGAGACAAACUCGCUGGCCAGGAGGCAAAAUGUCCAGCACAGAUAUAAAAGUGACAACACUAUCUAUCGUAGCUUUUGGAACUGACAGUUCCUUCCAUAGGGGGGGACAGAUGUGUAGGUUGGGUGCGGUUAAAAAGGAAAGGCAGAUAACACAGAAUGGAUUGCCUACUGGACAGAUAAACUGGAAUUAAUGGCCUACGUUUUCAUGUUUCUGGAGGGAAAAGGGGAGAGGGAGAAGGAAGAGAGAGAACAAUUACCACAGGAAUGGAAAACAUGAAACUUAUCCAACAUACACAAGAAGGGUGACAGGAAAAUUGCAAUGCUAUACAGGACUGAGUGUAACGAAUUCCGUUUCUGGAUUAUAUACGAAAAUUAUGAAGGUGACAAUCAAAUCACAGAUUGUGAAUGGACAUCAACAGAAUGGAUUCUGUGCCAGAAGAUUAUUCACAGACAAUACGUUUUGCUUAAAACAGGUCACGGAAGAAAGACUGGUCAGGAAUUUAUACCGCCCACACGGUUUUCAAUUAUUUAAGAAAUGCUACAAUAGAUUCCCUCUGUAAACAGUGGAUUAUAACGUGAAGAGAAUGGAGUGACUCCUUUAUAUGCUCAAGCUGUUAAGGCUUUAUUUGGUGACACAAAUUGUACAAUUAAAGUAGAUAUUAAUAUAUCUGGUGAGAUUCAAGUGAUGAAAGCACGACAGUAUCUACAUUAUUUAAAAUAUACUCUAAUUCUGUGUUAAAUUUACAGAAAACUUCUUGUUGUAGUAUAGGUGUACGUAUAAAUGGCGACAUGCUCUUCACUUUGCAUUUUGCUGAUGCCUGUUCCCCCCCCCCAGAGAACAAGGAUGACACAAACUACACAAUUAGAAAGUUGCACAGACAAUAUCGGAAAUUGGGUUUAACCAUCAGUUUAAAGAAAACUGAGUAUUUCGUUAUUGUGAGUGUGGGGCGAUAGAUUUUGGGUUAGUAAGGUCGGUGAACUUGCAUAAAUAUUAUCAGGGUCUUGUCUAGUAAAAGUGAAAUUAAGAAUUGUAAUGGCCAAGAUAGACAAACAAAGCUAUGAACGGAACAGAAAUAUAGGAAAUAACGGAAAAAUUUAAGAGGAAGUUAUUAUUAAUGAAGAUGUUAAUUUAGUCAGUUGCUUUAGGUUGACACUGCAGGACAUAAUUAAAAAUGAAGACAUACUUAUGAGAAUAAACCUGGCACCACUGUAACAGACACCACCUAAGGAAAAUGGGUGAGAAGAGAUUGCCUAAGAUGAUGAAAUAGUUUCCAACUAAUAGGCAAAGGCGAUGCCCAAAAAUAAUAUGGGAAGAGGUAGUCGGGAGAACUGUGUCAGAGAAGAAUUUGCAAACAAGAGGAUUGGAAAGACAGGAGCCUUUGGGAGCAAAGAUGUGAGAAACAACUGUUGCAUUAAAUCCCUUAAUAAUAUGAGCCAGAUAUAAAUUGAUGAAGUAGGUGAUCAUUUCAUUAGUCCUAUCACAGAGAUUCUUUACACAUAUACGAACAAACAGAAGACCUAGCUACGGGUGACUCUCACAAAUGUAUUUUUAGGUACUGCCGAAAAUAAAUUUUUUGAACAUUGUGAAGACCUGACUAAAUAUGUCUUAUAGAUGACACACUUGUCCCAUUUGAUGGCACUCUUGAUGAAGCUAACAAAUGUUACUAAUGGUAUAAUAUGGUGUAUAAAGUAUCACUUUCAGCACAGGCCCUGAGGAUGAUGGGACUAUUCAUUUUUUUUUAAUCUGAAGGUCAAGAGAGACGGGAGUUCCCACCAGUGAGUGUAUACCAACAACACAUUACAUCUUAUUGCAUAAUUCACAACUGCCAUCCACAGUCCCAUGAAGAAGCAUACUUAUGGUCAUUAAUUGACAAUUAAUCAAAUAUUCUGUAAGUGAGGCAAAUAUUAGUAAUGAAUUACAUACAACGAAUAAUUUAUUACGACAUUACAGACCAAGAAGCUGCAGGUAGAAACUAGGAAUACAGAUCAGGUCACAUUAGAAAGGAGUGAACAAAAGAAAAGAUAGGUGUAUAGUUUUUAUCAUUAGUGGGAUCACAUCUCUGAUAACAUAAGUCAUUUGUUUUGGAAAAUUGGGCUGCAAAUUGGCUUCAGAACAUAGAACACUGUAGAGUCGUGCAUUAUAUAACACUUAGAUAAUCGGGCAUGUAACAUGUACGGAGUAUAUAAGAUAAAAUAUAGUGACCACGAUUAAGUUUUACAUGUGGCAAACCUCGAAAAGCUUAAAAACGUGGCUUCGAGAAUAUCUUAAUGUCAGUUAGUCCAAUUUCUCAGCAUUUAGUGCUCAUUUAAGGGAGCACAAGCAUUCUGAAAAUGAUGCUAAAGGUGUCACCAUUCUUCACAAGGCAGGCAGAUUACUGAAUAUCCUAGAAGAAACAGACAAACACUCACAUGACAAAACACCUAGGCAAUGUCUUUUAAUGAACGAGAGUUAAGACAUAAGAUGUAUAAUGCAAAACUGUAACAAUGUUUUAAUCAAAUAGGUUCGGAUUAGAGCUUUCUUCUGUUUUCCUGCAUGUAAAAUGGACCGAAUUUGGCAAGAUAACUUGUUUCACCCUCAGAUAACAUUGCAAGUCGACAACCUCGUUAUAUCAUAAACACUGAUUUUGUUGCAUUACACCUGUCUUGCUCAGUAUGUUGUUCGUGACAGUUAACAUCGCCAUUUUUAUCUUUCUAUAUUCUACCCUUAUAUACUAUUUGUCUAAGUGUGGUAUUCAUUAUAUACUGGGUGUCCCAGUAGGAACAGUCAAUAUUCGAGGAUACGACAGGAAUGAUGAUUCAGAGCAAAAAAGUCUAGUAAACAUGGGCUCUGACAUGCAUACCUUGAGACCCUUGAGCACUUCAUCUUUGAUUUGUGAGAAAACACUCUUCUACUGCAAGGUCUUUGCUUUCCAUAUUUUGGAAGGAGGUAUAUGGAUAAAACCAAGAAAAAAAUUGGCUAGUAAACAUGGGCUCUAAACUGCACACCUUACGGGCUUCAGUAGAAGAGAAACAUUUCAGAGUAGCGAAGACAAACGAGUGCUCAUAUCUGUUAAGGUACAGAUUUUAGAUCCCAUGUUUAUUAGGCUUUAUUGCUUCAAUUAAUUCGUGUCAUAUCUCUGAAUACUGGCUAUUCCUUGUGGGAAACCCUGUACAGGGGACACACAUCACUUGUGUUUCUAAAUAUGAUCUUGGAGGUAACACGAGGCCUGUAAUAUAGACUUGACUACCAGUUCCACAUUUUCAUCCUGUGACGUUAGGAUACAAUACGACCAAGAACUGCGGCUGUUUAAUGUCUGACAGCUAUAACGUGUAUGCAAGACAACCUGUGUACUGCACACAGAGAAUAGAGCCGACACAUGCCAUCUGAUAUAGGUGUAAACAACAUGUAAGAAAACAUAUUUCUACUGCAAUGUACACAAAAUGUUGUGUCAUUAUAGACAUUUAUUUGAUUGUCGUCUGUAUCGCAUGGCGCUGAUGGUGAGUUACGUGCCCGAAUGGCAAUUUGGCAACUGAAUAUUUUACAUGCAGUCCAUUGUGUACAUCAAGAUGUAUUUCAAGAAAUAUAAAUUCAGUUACCCAAUGUGCAUCUCGACAGUUUGGUUUGUCACAAAAUGACACCUCGGGACAUGAAGUUUACUGGAAGCCAGUUCAUACAGACUUUCACAAACCACAAGUGUCCUCAGAACUUUGGUUCACAGAAAACAGCACUGCUACCCAGAGCAGUUUGCAUGGUGAGCUUCUACACUUAAAGGCAGUUUUUGAAGCAAAUGGGUAUUAUUGACAAUAGAUAUGUAAGGUGGGCAUAAGGAAUGAGAAAGAAGUCACAGAUAAGCUUCACAGCUUUCCUGCCAUAUGUGGGAAACUUAUCAUCUAAAAUAGGUCAUUUCAUCACCUAGCACAAAUUUAAAGCAGUUUUUCACUCUCCAACAAAAACAUCAACACUUUUAGGUUCUGUCAAAGGAGAGACAAUGCCUCCUCAAGGAUGGUAUUUAUGAGGUGGUCCCUUGCGAGUGUGGCCUUUUAUACAAUGGGCAAGCUCAUACUGUCCUUGUAUGAUGCAGUGAGCACUGUAGGACCAAAAAACUGGCUGAGCCAGAGCACUGCAUUGAAAAUGGUUACUCUAUAUGAUACAAAAAUCUCUAAAUUCUACAACUGACUUUGUCUUUUUGGGACUUAGUGGUGAAAUAUGCAAUGGAAAUUCAUUUGGUCAAAAUUUAAUUAACAGAGGUAGCAGUCUCAACCUGCAGAAAUCAUUGAAUCCAGUACUUGCUUUCACAAACUUGCAAAGAUGUCACUACAGCCCAGCUAAUAAUGAUCUGUGGAUAUUAAAGCACAGAUCGACCAUGUAGCCACAGAUUCAAUUUAGACUCGCUCUCGGUCGCUUUAGACUCACUCUCGGUCGCCAAUCGACAUCUCCGUGGUUUAAAUCGUGGAACGAGUACUUUAGCUCACUCUGAAGAUGUCCAAAAGGUUUAGGGUCAAAAUAUUAGAAGAAGAAGAAGAAGAAGAUAAUAAUGAUGGAGAAUAUACAGCUGUACUCGAAAAAAUUUAUGGAUCAUUUACCCUACACCCAUCUCCUCUAUCCAGUCCAUGCUCUCAGGAAACACAGGGCAACACAAGUGUGUCACAAAUGAAAACAGUUAUGAGUUAACCAAUAGAGUAAGCAGCAAAGCAAAGCCAAACUACGUCGUGUGAGAGAAGGAAUUAGUCUAGUGGUAACACCAACAGCCUGUGUGUACUGCAUGUACACGGAUGGAACAACAGAAUAACUAUUUGCAGUAAAAUUGAAGAAUGUAGAUAGUUAUCAGUUAUGAUUAUUUAUGUUAGCAAGUUAAAAGUAUAUUAUAUGAACAUUGACAUGUAGAUCUGUGCAAGUAGUGUUUUGAGAUGAGUGUAGGCCUACCUGCAAGCCCUCCCACCAAUUUUCAUCUCAUAAAAGUGUACACACACACACACACACACACACACACACACACACAGGGAGAGAGAGACCAAGUUGUUAUCAAAUGAGCAAAUGGACAGUGUAACUAUGUAAAGUUUUUUUUUUAGAAUCUAAAAGUAUGUUUCCAAGGAAACCUUUCACCAAGUUGCCCUCUUCUGUGUGGCACACCUUAUCUAUAACCAGAUUACUGAACUAUUUCUUAAUUUGGGGUAUGAUUAAUAAAAAUGUGUUUGCCAAAUGUUGCAGAAUUGGAAGGGGAGGGGGGUGGAGUGAAUCAUGCAAGGUGAAAAGAAAGAAAAAAAGAAAAUCAGUGUCUUCAUAAUAUUGUGAAACUAAUUGCUGUUUUAUGCACUUAUGCAAAUACCAUAAAGGUGGUCUAUGUGCUUCUGAUGCGCUUAAAGUGCCUAAAGGUGCCUUUUUAAGGGGGAGUGGGGGGGGGGGGGGG